GAAUUCCUUCCUCCCUCGCCCCUUGCCAUGCAAGCGUAUACUCGUCAGACGUCAGGGUACGUCAUCAGAAGUGUCCACGUAGUUUGAGGGCUGAGGGUCUUUUAAGUGUUUGGACCGCUAGUUGGGACUCCAGUACAUCCUCCAGAAAUGCAUUUGAACGUCUUGAAAUGCCCUGUUGACGAAUGGCAAUUUUUUGAAAACCACUUCCUGGUCUUGGAUUUCAACGCCAUGUACUACAUUACCCAAAAUGCAACUUGUCCUAUUUUUCUCCCUCGCGGGCUUUGUUUUGGGAUGGCGGUAUACUUCGAAUCUCCCAUUUGUUGUCUUCAAACACUGAAAAUACAUUGAAUACGUAAAUUCGUUGUCUGUAAACAAGCCCUGUCUGAAGAGCAAGUCAUGUCAUCUCCAGCUGGGUUGCAGGCUCAGCAGUCCCAAACAAAGUUCCUUGACCGAUGGACGACGAGCAGCUCCUGUGCCGGGGUUAUCCUGAACCCCUCCCCGGACCUGGCUGAGUCUCUUCGACACAGCUCUGUCUGGAGAUCCCGGGAUGUGAAUGACUCCUUCGCCUCUCAGUUUGUUCCCCUCCCGGUCUCCAGUAGCAGCAGUUGCCUCAGUAUCAAUUCCCUCGUCCAUGAUGCUGAGUCCGGGACAGAAUUGAGAAAACAGAAUCAGCUACCAGUGGAUAGGACUUUGUCUGACAGACAAUUUGCUGGACUGCAGACAGUGGCGUCUCAAGGGUUGACAUUACCUGGAGAGAUGGACAGUAUGGAGAAGUUUGUAGAUCAGUCUCAGGACCUACCCCUAAUGCUCAAACUCGAACGGCUGAGGCAGUGGCAGCAGCACAUGCAGGAGCAGCUGAAAGCCCACCAGCUAGAGGAACUUGUCAGUCUCCAGGAGGAGCAACAAAGGUUACUGGGCAUGGUGCAUGUGGCUCAGCAGGAUGGAGCAGAUUACAUAGAGAUCUCCAAGUUGACGGGAGCAGACUGGGGAGAGAACACUCUAUUGGGGGGCUACCCACUCUCUCACAGACCCCCAGCAGCCAAGAGUUUCCCUAUAGGCCCCCCACAAGGGCCUGCGUCAUCCCAGCUCUGGAGACGGGGGCCUACAUUCCAGCAGCCUCCAAGGGGCCAGGAGCAGGAAAAGGACCAAAUACUGGGGACAGAAUCAUGGAGCAAUCCACACAAAUGUAAUCAGCUGAAUGGGGAUGCUGAUGAUAGGGGUGGUGAUGAGGAUGAGGAAGUCACAUUAUCUUCCCAUUCUGCUCCCUCCAUGACUGAAGACUACAAAGCAUACAGAGGAGAUGACUGUGAACUAGAUUCACAGGACAGACCCAUUAAACCAGGGAUAGGGGGGCAGAUGCAGACCUUUGAGGCGCUCCUGGAGGAACAGCUGAGACUGGAGGAACAGAGACUGAAGACCACCCAGCAGCAGCAGAGCCCAGAGGCAGCUGAGGGAGCCAGUCCGAGAGCUAAUACCAAGAGAGCCUUCCUGAGGCGAGGGGAGGGCCUCUCCAGAUUCACCAACCGAAGCAAAGCCCCUAUGCCAAACAGAGGGGGACCCCAAAAAGAUCCCCAGGCCAAGGUCAGCACCCGUUGGACCUCAGAGCCCACCCAGAAGGUCAGUCAGCGCCCCCCCCGUACAGCGCAAGACUGCUGUGCUCAACAAGGAGAACAGACCAAGAGACCCGUACUCACCUCUUCUGGACAGUGUCAGACCAGAAGGCAAGACAGACAAGCUGGCCGCAGUGAGGCCCAGAGUCCUGGGCAGUCAUCAGAGACAGAACAUUGAGAUGACUAACUGUCUAAGGCCAAUGGAGGUGAUUA